AUGUCUCUGAUAGCUGCAAACAAAAGGAAUGAACUUUCCGUGCGAUCUCCCGUUAAAGGCCAUCUGGCAGAGCGAGGGGAGUUGGAAUUUCUGGAAGAUCGAUUAAGGCAAACCUGCAACAGUAUCACAGAAACUGAAAACGAGAUUGGCUCUGUGGAAUCCGCUGUUAUAAGCUUGAGAGCGCAAAACGAGGGCCAACGCUCCGAAAUUGAAAGGCAUUUAAGUUGUGGCCUUCAUCAGCGUGACAAGCGUCACAUCGAUUAUUGGCUUGCGAAAUAUAAGCUGGAAGAAGAGUCGCUCCUCUGCCAGUUUUCUGUGGACGUCAACAUCUUGCGUCUGCGUCUAAAGAUCCUGGACUCAAUUUACGGCGCAGUUGAAGAUUGUGACAAUGGAGACCUGGAUGAAAUGUAUGGAAAUGUCAUUAAAAUCUUCGAAGAUCUAGAAGGAGACGCCAUGCAAAAUCCGGAUUCAGGAUCACUUUCCAUUCAACUGGAAGCACUCCUAGAUUCAAAAACUCUGAUCCAAGGUACCAGCGCUAUAGCCACUAACGAGCAGUCAUAUCUGAAGUACCAUACCUGUCAAGGACGCCCGCGGAAUACCGAGCCUCAGUCUACUGAACACCGUCGUCGACCGCCUUCUGAUGUUACCAAUGAGUACCUCACGUCUGUCUCGGCAGCAAGAUUUGCAAGUUUAGAACAGGAACUCUAUCGAUCUGAAACUCAUGCUGCGGAGCUGCAACGGGAACUAGACGAACUGGAAAGGUAG